UAAUGCAUGGAACUGAAUAUUGAGUAUUUAGUUGUCAAUACGCUAGUUAACAGGGCGUUAAGUAAUCUCUAGUCGACGACAUUCGAUUGGAAAGUUUUUGUGUUUCUUUAUCUCUGACGAUUUUUCUUUAACAACAAUGCAUUUCGGUAUUGUGGGUAGCGGUAUUAUUGGUUUGACCACCGCUCUAGAGCUACAACAAACAUUUCCCAAUGCUAAAGUGACCAUUUUGGCCGAUCGGUUUAAUGAGGACACCACCAGUAAUGUGGCAGCCGGUAUUUUCCGCCCUAGCACUAGUUUUAUGGGACCUACAAAGGAAAUCACACAACAAUGGAUUAAUGAUGCCUUCUAUUAUUGGGACGAUAUUCGCCGCUCCAAGGAUGCUGCCUUAGCCGGUGUUUGCCAGUUGUCUGGUUAUAUUUUCUCCAGCAUUUCGCCCACUAUUGUUCGUAACCAUUAUAUUGAAAAGUUGUUACCCAUUUAUCGUCAAGCUAAGGAAGAGGAGUUGAAAUUGUGUCAGGGGGAUUGGAAAUAUGGUUCCUUCUUCACCACGUGUGUAACAGAAAGCCGUCUAUUUUUACCUUACGCUACCAAAAAAUUCAAUGAAGCCGGAGGUAUUGUACAUUUCCAACAUGUCAACUCAUUGACACAACUUCCAGAUAAUUACGAUGUAGUAAUAAAUUGUACUGGUAUGGGUGCGAGAACACUGUGCAAUGAUCAACAAUUAGUUCCUAUACGAGGACAAGUCCUUAAAGUUCGCGCCCCCUGGAUUAAAACAGCAUUUUAUGGCGAUUAUGAUACAUAUAUUGUACCUGGCUUUGAAACCGUGACACUUGGUGGCUGUCGCCAGUUCGAAAGCUAUAAUAUGAAUGUUUGCAAGUAUGAUUCGAUGGCCAUUAAGGAACGUUGUUAUAAUAUGUUGCCUAGCUUGAAGAAUGCUGAAGUUGUUCGUGAAUUGGUUGGCCUAAGACCACAUCGUGCUGUUGUGCGUGUAGAGUCAGAAGUAAUGCAGAGUCCAAACGGACGUUCCGUUAAGGUUGUACACAAUUACGGUCAUGGUGGCUAUGGAGUCACUACAGCUCCUGGUACUGCAAAAUAUGCAGUUAAAUUGGUUCGUGAUUUGUUGGUUGGAAAUAGUAAAUUGUAAAUAUGUUUUUGUAUGCAUUAUUGUUUGUUUUUGUUAGGGAAAUUGUUACAUAUUUUUGUAGAUUAUGCUUACAUACAUAUAUAAAUGUUUAAUUAAUAAAUAUAUGUACCUAGUUUGUUUUUAAUAUUAAUAAAAUAUUUAAACAAAAUUAAUUUUUAAUUUAAUGAAUUAUUUCUUUAAAUAAAAAACAACUCUUAACAA